GUCGUGCUGCGACACUCGCGCGCGCGCGCGCGCGCCCCACAAAAGUGCCAUAUGCAAGACGUUGAGUGUCAACUUUGAAGCCCCGACUGUCCCAAAUCACCCAAGAUCGUCGCUUGCCAGAGCUUUAACAAACGAUGCACGUUAUACAACAAUCAGGACCCAACCAGGACCAAUCUACCGCCGCAGUGCAAGGAGCGUUGUUGUUAUGAUCGCAACACACACCUCGUGCGUACGAUCCGUCCACCGCGGCUGUCGCUUCAACGUCCAUUCCCUGCCGGCCGCGUGUCACCUGCAGCACCGUCUCCGCAGUCUCGGCCCCGUCAGCCCUCGAUUCGUAAAGAGCGCCCCUCGUCAUCUGCAUGGAUCGAACACCAAACGGUUUCAACGGGCAUCAUCGUCGGCGUGAACGGCCACCGGUUCCUUAUUUGAUCGAUACAAUCAUUUUUACUGAUUCUCCGUCGUCGUCGUCGUCUUCUCCUUCGUUUUCCAAUCGCGCGACCAUCAACGAGUCCGUUGGUCUUCAUGAGCUGCUGCCCUUUAAUGACACGGUUGGGGGAGCGGAUGGUCACCAUGAGCUCAAUGCUUGUGGAAACAGUAAGCAUCAACUAUGAGGACUUUAAUGAAAGUUUUCUAACAUGUGGUACCUGCCUCUGUAUGUACGAUGGAAGCGAACAUACUCCAAAGUUGUUGCCCUGUUCUCACACUGUUUGCUUACACUGCCUCACAAGAAUCGCAGCCUCGCAGACGCGCGAGGCUGGAACGUUUCGAUGUCCAAUUUGCCGCGAAUUGAUAACAAUACCACGAGGUGGUGUUCCAGCUUUACCUCCAAGUUUUCUUGUUAAUCAGUUAUUAGAUUUAAUGUCCAGACAACGCAGAGAAGUUAUUCCAAAAUGUUCUGUGCACAUUAAUCAAGAGUUAUUAUUUUGUGAAACCUGCGAUACAGUGUUUUGUACAGUGUGCACAGGAGGAAAUCAUGCAAAUACGUCACCUGGUUGUACCGAACAUACUAUAAUUCCAUUUAGCAUAGCUAUAAAACGCAUGUCUGAGAUACUACUGUACAAAGCCAAUGAAUGUAUUUCAAAGCUGACACAAGCACAAGACUCUGUAAGAACAGAGCUUCAGAGAUUGGAUACUGCCAAGCAAAAGUGUUUGGAAGCUGUGGAUAUUGAAUUUAAUAAUAUCGUAGCUAAAGUUGAAAGGCGAAAAUCUGAACUUCAAGCGGCUAUAACUGCAGCAACUCGUGAUAAGAAGCAUGUUUUAGAAGAACAGCACACACUCAUAGAGGCUGAAAAGAAUAAAGUCGAACGUGAAUGCGAAGGACUCCAGUAUCAGGUUGAAGUACGAAAUAUUACUCAAAGGAUUGGCAGCUUGUCUGAUCAAUUGGAUGCAGCAGUUGCGCUCAGUGAGCCACGAGAAAAUGCAUUCAUUACCGCGGAGUUCAAUUACAACGAUGCACUUUUUAAUUUGGAGCAAGCACUUAAAGUUUUUGGAAGAGUGAGAUCUAGUACAACGUUACCAGGUUUAUGUCGGGCAAAGUUGAAAGACACAGCGGUAGUAAAAUUACAGGGCAAUGUAUUAGUGGAUACAGUUGAUUAUCACGGCCAUCCGCGAAAUGCCGGAGGCGAUCCUAUUACAGCAGAACUAUCACUUGCCAACAGUAAUCAAUCGCAAAACUCUAGUGCCCAUACUGAAACGGAAGUCAAAGAUCUUGAAAAUGGAACGUACGAAGUUAGAUUUAGACCCACCGUUGCCGGUCGCUAUGCCCUAAGAAUAUCAGUUUUUGAAAGGUCUAUCAAAGAUUAUCCUUUGUUCUUUGACGUUACUGAGCAUAACGAGCCAGUUAGAGUUUAUGGCACCAGGGGUUCUGGGAAAGAUGAAUUUCUGCAACCAGUGGCUAUUGCUAUUGACGAUAAUAAAAUGGUUUAUAUUGUAGACACUGGAAAUUCUCGAAUAAAGGUGCUUAAUGAAAAUUUAGAAUUUCAAAGGCACAUUACCAAUGAAGGUCUGGAAGGACGAAGUUGUACGGGUAUUGCGAUUUCCGAGCACGGAUUAGUUAUUGUAAACUGGAGGACGAAAACUGUUUCAGAAAUAUCAGUGUUAGGAGAUACAAUUAAAUCUUUCUCGCACAACGCCUUUCAAGAACCAAUCGAUGUAGCUGUAGACAGAAAUUACGGACAUAUUUUAGUUGCCGAUAAUGGACAGUGUUGUGUAUUUGUAUUUGAUUGUGAUGGAAAAGUCUUAUUUCAGGUGGGCAAAAAAAAUACGUUCAAGUUAAUAAUAUCGGUUGCCGUUGGUCCAGCAGGUGAAAUCUUGGUAGCAGGCUCACAUAUCCAAGUAUUUUCAGCAAAAGGCGACUUUUCUGACGAAAUCAAUACCGAUGCUAAAAGUAAGGGUAGAUAUGGAGGAAUCUCUAUUGAUGCUAAAGGGCGAAUAUUGGCAUCUUACACUGAAAAAGGACGUACGGUUAUUCAAGUAUUAAGAAUCGAUGAUGGAAAUCUCAUGUCUGAAAUUGAUUCUCACAGUUCUAAAUUACGUCGUCCAUCAGGGAUUGCAGUCUUACCUGACGAUCAUCUUAUAGUAGUAGAUUUGGGGAAUGAUUGCGUGAAGAAGUACAGAUACUGGUAAAGUUGAAUAUAUUAAUUUAAAAAAAUUAAAUUUAAUCGCGUUUAAAUUUCUACACCUGUUACUCGCACGCGUACAAAUUGUUAGUCAAUUAGUUGGAGGUACUAGCAAGACUCUUUGAUUGCCCAAAAGUUUUCAACAAAUAACAUAACUUAAUUGUAAUUGCGAUGAUUAAUUUAGAUUUUUUUUUUUAAGCAAUGCGUGGGUGUUACAUGCUUUAUCGUUAAGUGGCGUGUAAAUAGGCUAUGAUAAUAAAUAAUAUCACUGCCCACUUCUAUUUAAAUAAAAAAUACUGAGCAUAGCAAACGGUACAUUGUGUAAUAUUGUCUGUCACAAAAAAGCCAAGGCAUAAACUAAUUAUUCGUAAAAUACAAUAUGUACAAUAUUUUAACUGAUUAACUGUUUGGACGGAAAAAGAAGUAUCAUAUCAAUUUUGGAAUUUCUUAACUAAAAUUAGGAAAUUUUCUCAGAAAUUCAAACAAAAUUUUUAUGAAUAAGUAUUAGUAACAAAAUUACUGUGACGUACAAAACAAAAAUACAAUUAAAAUAUAGUUGUAUCAUAAAUAAGUGUUGUAUAUAUUUGCUCAGUAUUACGUUUAUAAAUUAUUGUCAUAUAAAAAUCAAUUAUUAAAAGUCAUUUCAAUACGGCAUAAUGUGCUCAGCAGAUAACGUUUUUUUUUUAACUUUUUUCAUCAGUACAUUAUUAAUGCUUGAUUAAAAUUCAGUGAAUAAGAGUUUAGUAAUUAGACUCAUUUUGUAAAUUAUGUAUGAAAUGUACUAGUCUGUGUAGAAAAAAAAUUAAGAAAAAAAAUUUUUCAAAGUUGCCAGGAUAUAGAGAUUGAGAUUGAUUUAAUCGAAAUGACAUUAAAUGUCAUCUCAACAGUAAAUGUAAAGACUAGUAAAGCUGUUUACAAUUUUUUUCGUACGACUUUAAAUAGCCUUAUUGUUAAAAAUAUGUUUAAAAUAUACAACAUUAGGGCUUUAAUCCGUUUUUUCUUCGAUCGUGUGGUUAAAAAUGAAAAAUUCAACUCAAAGUAUACAAAUUAACGCCAUUCUAGUAAUUUUUUUUAUGCCUAGCGGAGUAUUACUUAAAUGUAGACAAUAUUUUGUAUUUGCUUUUGUACGUUCAACAAUGUGUAUUGUAUCCUUUGGAAAUAAUCCUCCUAUUUUUAAUUUGAUCAAUCCAUCAUAGGGGCAUGAAUUAGAGAAUAUGGCUUGUUCAUUGUUAAUAUGGAUACAAAUAAUUUAAUUUUAUGCUUUUCAAAGAAAUUGAUUGAAAUUAUCCUAUCCUUUAGAGAGUCCUUUUUGCCUAUAGACUGUAUAAUCAAUUGAGAAAAACAAUUGUUCAUUGCAUUUCACUGUAAUAGUUGCACAUUCCGGAAAUUUCUCGGAAUUUAACGUGGUAGGAAAAAAAAUUUUUUUUUUAAUAAUUCGUCCAUCUUUUAUUGUAUGUAUACUUAAUGUUGAUUUGUGAUGAUUAUACGUAUUUUUUUUUUUUUUUAACGAAGCA